AUGCAUGAACGGUUGGGCAAAUUGAACAGGUAUUUGAUCGCCAUAGAAAAGGGAAAUAAAAAGAUCAAGAAUGACUCAGAUGCACGGUUAUUUCUGGAGGCUCUGUGCAGUCAACCAAACCAUGUCGACUGCAUUGAGAGGCUGCUUUCAAGCCGGAAUAAUAUGAGCUGCUUGGAGGAGAGCUUCAAAGUUGAUAUGAUAGCAGACUUUGUGGAAGGACCAGCAACAUCGUUCCUGAAAUAUCUGCAGGACUCGAGAUUUGAGAAUUUGAGCAACGGCUACUUCUUGCGAAAGAUUCUGCUAAUCAUUGUUAACCCCCCAACAUUUUGGAAAGCUUUGGUGAAGUCGGUUCGAGGACAUGAACUGUCACAGGCGUCGCAGUACUCUUUCGCGUGGUUAAUAUUGACUUUGCUGAAAUUGUCGAAUGUGACAACCGAUUUCGUCUCUGUCGCCAAGGACCUUUUGCAGAAUCAAUCUUUUUUGCUUUCCCCGUCCAGUGAUAUUCAGCAGGUUUGCCGCAAGAUCCGGGAUACACUCCACUUGAAACUGUUUUCCGGUGAUGCUCGUACCGGAAGAAAACAUGAUAACGACUUUGAGAACUUUCGCCGAAUCUCUAUUCUCCCGACUGCCGACGAAAUUGCCUCAGUUGAAGCCCCGUUCUACCAUCGAGCAGAUGAGAUAUAUGAAGUCGACCAAGACCGCCGUGCAGCUGUGCAUUAUGACAACCAAUUUCGUCUUCUCCGACAGGAAUUUAUGACAGAACUCCGUCAAGAAUUGCAAGUGGUCUUGGGACAGGGAAAACCGGGACAUCCAGUGUAUCGGAUUGAGGGGCUGCAAUGGGAUGGUAUGAAAUGCGGUCAUAUACCAUCCAACAGAGCAUCCUGUGUCACAUUUCGGUGUCUAAGAGGUCUACCACAGCUAUCGGACCUGCCUGAAGACGAACGUCAAGCUGCAUUACAGAAGAACCCAAAUUUCCUCAAACAUCGGGCUCUCGGAUGUCUGCUUCGUAACAAUGAUAUCCUCGCGUUUGGUAGCAUCAAUCAGGCAACCUCUGAGCUGCUUAGUGACCGACCUGUACUGAAUAUAGAGGUGGUCGGACGCAACGCGUUGACUAAGCUGCUGAAUCAAUUAGCUAUCAGCUGGUCAGGGCUUUUUACGUUCGUUGUUCUCGAUACGCCGGUAUCUGCUUACGAACCGAUAUUGUCCAGUCUACAGCAGAAGCGGGAUUCUCCCUUGACUGAGAUUCUGUUGUCGCCUACACCAUCGCCUAAAAGCCAUAAAGUGCAUGAAGCCGUCUUGCGCUUCCUAGCCAAGAAAAAAGCUAAAUCCGGAAUGAAAAUCUUCAAUGAAACGGGAGAACUUGAGGAGGCGUCGUUGGAUGAGUACCAGGUUAAUGCUUUGACAACGAGUCUUGAAAACGCCGUGAGCUUGAUACAAGGGGCCCCUGGCACGGGAAAAUCAUUUAUUGGCGCUCUUCUUGCCAAAACCAUCCACGACGCAACACCAGAUUCAGUCCUUUUCCUAUGUCGUACAGAUCGGGCACUGAACCAAUUUUUGAAACAUCUCAUGAACAAUAAUAUUCCGGGGGAGUCAUUGACACGACUAGGUUCUAGAACCACUGGGCGUCUAAAGAAGCUUUGUCUAUUCACGCAAGGCCCUAGAAUUUCCGACUCAACGUCGACUGCCUACAUUGGUCAAAUAAAGAGUAAAUUGCGCGAACUCUCAAGGAACAUAAUUGAUGCUUGCAACGAAUUGCGGGACAAGGAUUUGCACUUGAGCGCCAUUCUUGACUACCUUGAAUUCUCAGAUGACUCCGAAUUCUUUGAUGCCUUUUCGAUUCCUGAGAAUAAUAGCGGAACUAAACUGGUCGACGAAGACGGAGAACCUAUCACUAGACAUUACCUGAUUAAAAGUUGGGCUUCAAAUCACGAUGCGGGAUACUUUCGGGAUCAAGUGAAUCCACUGCACGUUGUUAUCUGGAAGAUGACAGGUACCAUGCGCCAAGCCCACAUUGAUAGAUGGAGACAGGAACUCGUAAAUGACCAGGUUAAUCAAAUUGUCACGAUAUCAGAGGAAUACACGGAAUUGGAGAAAGAGCUCGAUAAUUAUCUACACGCGAAGGUCUUAAGAGAAAAGCGUAUCAUUGCAUGCACAACAACAGCAGCGGCGAAGUACACCCGAGCGAUCCACGCCGCAAAGCCCGCUGUUAUCAUCGUGGAAGAAGCAGGAGAAAUCCUGGAGAGCCACUUGCUCGCACUGCUGGGCGAGGAUACCAAGCAGCUUAUGAUGAUAGGAGACCACAAACAGCUCCGUCCGAGAGUAAACAAUCAUGCCUUGACUGUCGAAAAAGGCAACGGCUAUAAUAUCAAUGUCUCACUAUUCGAGCGGCUCAUCAAUCGGGGAUUCCCUUUUGCUGGUCUAUGGAACCAGCACCGCAUGCGACCUGGUAUUUCCCGUCUGCUCAGUACAAUUGCGUAUCCUGCUCUCACGGAUGCGCCCAAAACGCUUGGUCGUCCUGGCAUUCGGGGUCUUCAGGACCAGGUCAUGUUUAUCAAUCACGGCCAUCAUGAGAGUGAUCUCCCUGACGUCCAUGAACGGUAUGAGUCGACUUCAGGUUCAAAACGGAAUCUAUUCGAGGCCGAAAUGGUUCAUCAACUAGUCCGUCAUUUAGGCCAGCAGGGAUAUACUUCAGACGAGAUGGUCAUUUUGACGCCAUAUUUGGGACAACUUUCGAUUUUAAGGGAGAAAUUGAGCGAGACUAAGGAACCUGUGCUGAGCAAUCUUGACUCAAGCGAUCUAAUUCAGGCUGGUUUGUUGAGUGCUAGUGCUAGUGCUACAAAACCGAACAAAAAGCCCAUUCGUAUCUCAACAAUAGAUAAUUAUCAAGGUCAAGAGACUGACAUAGUCGUGGUGUCGCUAGUACGGGGCAACAUCACGGGAGAUAUUGGCUUGAUGGCUUCUCCAGGGCGAGUCAAUUUCAUGCUAUCUCGAGCCCGGAACGGAAUCAUCUUGAUUGGAAAUAGAGAUACUUUUCUGCAAAGCGAAAUGGGGAACUCUACCUGGAAAUCUUUGAUUGGGCGUUUGUCAGAGUACGGGCACGUCUAUGAUGGCAUACCUGUCAGGUGCGAGCAACACCCGGAGCGCAACCUGACGAUCCGUGAUCCUGAAGGAUUUCUGGGUAUAGUUCCAGACGGAGGUUGUGGUGUAUAA